CACCGCACGCGCGCGCACACGGACCGAACGGAUCACGCGGGCCGCACGCGACGUCUGCCGGGGUACAGCAGCUGCACCGCCACCAAAUCAGUACAGCGACUGCAGCGGCAUAGACCCGACUACGCUGGAAGAUUGUGUUAGCGUGCGCGAAAACCAUUAUUCGCGCAUAUUACAUAUAGUUUAUACAGCGGCGGUUAAUUGUGAAGAGAUCGGCGCGUACGGUUCACCGCGGGCAUGCUGUUGCCGUCGGACAUGUUGGCCACGCAAUCCAAGAUGCUGUACCAGCUGAACAAGUACUGCGUGGAACGGGUGGAGACCAGGAAGACGGCCACGGCCAAGGCGGUGCGCGAGGUUUGCAAGGUGGUGCAGACGGUGCUGCACGAGGUGGAGGCCCAGGAGCCGCGGUUCAUAUCGUCGCUGGCCGAAUGCAACGGCCGGUACGAGGGCUUGGAGGUGGUAUCGGCCACAGAGUUCGAGAUCGUGCUCUACCUGAACCAGAUGGGCGUGUUCAACUUUGUCGACGACGGGUCGCUGCCCGGGUGCGCGGUACUCAAGCUCAGCGACGGACGCAAGCGGAGCAUGAGCCUGUGGGUCGAGUUCAUCACGGCUUCCGGAUAUCUGUCGGCCCGCAAGAUCCGGUCCCGGUUCCAGACGCUGGUGGCGCAGGCGUGCGACAAGUGCGCGUACCGGGACUCGGUCAAGAUGUUGUCGGACACUGGCGAGGUGAAGCUCCGGAUCCGUGACCGGUACGUGGUGCAGAUCACGCCGUCGUUCAAGUGCGCGGGCGUGUGGCCGCGGUCGGCCGCACACUGGCCGGUGCCGCAGCUCACAUGGCCACACCCGAAUCUCAUCGUGCAGGUCAAGACCGAGGGAUUCGACCUGCUGUCCAAGGACAGCGUCAUCAUGCACGGCAAGCAGAACUCGAUGGAGGGCGACGCGUGGGUAAUGUCGUUCACGGACGUCGAGAACCAGCUGCUGUACGGCGGGUGCCGGAAACGAUGCCUGAGCAUACUCAAGACGCUCAGGGACAGGCACCUGGACCUGCCCGGGAACCCGAUCACCAACUAUCACAUCAAGACGCUGCUGCUGUACGAGUGCGAGAAACACCCKCGGGACGCCGAGUGGGAGGAGACCGGCAUCGCGGACCGCAUCAACGGCAUACUGCUGCAGCUCAUCUCGUGCCUGCAGUGCCGCCGGUGUCCGCACUACUUCAUCCCGCACCUGGACCUGUUCAAGGGCAAGACUCCGGCGUCCCUGGAGAGCGCGUCCAAGCACGUGUGGCGCCUCAGCCGUGAGAUACUCACCAAUUCCAGGGCCUUCGACAAGCUCUGAACAGUAUAAUUAUAUCGCGUACGCGUAUAUUUCGUAUUAUUAUUAUGUGUGUGUGUGUGUGUGUGUGUGUGUGUGUGUGUGUGUGUGUGUGUAGUAUACGGCGUGAAACCUACUUUUUAUAUUUAUUCGGUAUAUAAGGAUGCAAUUUUGUCGUCCGUUAUUCGGAGGUGUAUAGUCAUCAGAGGUCUCGCUCUAUUUUUUUUUUUUUUGCAUCGCGCAGCGUGUUGCGUAUCAGUGCAUACAAUAUAAUAGAAAAAUAUGUUAUCAUAUAGGUAUAAUAUAUACACGCUACACUUAUAUAUUGUGCUAGUCAACGUCAGAGCCGGCUCUAAUACUUAAUCAGCGCCCAGUGCAAGUAUAUAAUAUCAUCUCGGCACCCUUUACCCUCUUUUUAACCGUAUAAACCACGAAUUAAGAUAUCUUAAUUCGAGAUAUUACAAACACACGACCACGCCCCCCCCCCUGAUUUUGGCGCGCUGUGCCGUAGUCGCACUCGUCGACCGUAACUUAAGCCGGCCCUGGUCAACGCGUUUCUGUAUAAGACGCUGAAAUCGAUAUAUAGUAUGUAAUAUAAUUAGUAUAUCAUUUAUAAUAAUAAUAUUAUAAUUGAUGAUACAUAUAUAUAUAAUGUUUUAUAUUAUUUUGUAUGUUAUAAUAUUAUUACGCGGAAGUAGCAAUGCAUUACCUACGAUAUGGUUAUAUAAUACAUUAUUAUAGAUGUAUUAUAGCUAUACAAUAAGCGCAAUGCCAACUAUAUAGAAUGAUCUCUAAAUAAUAUUACCGACAAUGAUUAUCCUCUGUAGUUAACGCAUCUUUAUAUGUAUACAUUAGGUACUCGCAUAUGAUCAUCAUCACUCGAAUGGUUUGAUAUAUAUUAUUAUUGUUAUUAUGACUAUAAUAUUAUUCUACCUAUAUUGUUAUUAUUACUACUAU